GUUUCACUUUGGAAAUUAACCCCAGCGGCACUAGUUUUUUUCUUCCCCUUCCUGCUCACCUUGCCGCAGAUCAAUUCUGUUCAUUCGAAGCACACCAGAUUAGCUGCACCAGGUUUUCUUCUCUGUUCAUUUUAGUUACAAGCAGCCGCAGGGAAGGAAUUCUUUCUGUUUGUUUCUGAACCAAUCGCAGCAAGCAGAAGUUAGAGACCAAGAAGCAACUUUUCUUCCUUUUCUUUGACAAUCAGCCGCAGCAGAAAGCAAGAGACCAGGAAUGCCUAAACGUCAUUUUCCCUCAAUUCUUUCAAUUCAAUUUACAUUCUAAGUAAUGAUUGUAAGUUCCUGCAUAUUUUACAUUACUUGUUUUCUGUUUUGGAUUGAAUUUUGAAUUGGUAGUCUCCAUCUAGUAAUUUCAGUUUUUUUUUUACUAUUAAAUACUCGUAAACCAGUUUUUUGUUUCUAGCUCCACAUAUGUUUAUUGUGAUGUUAAUUUUAAUCAUGAAUAGCUAAUUUCAUAUAGGGUUUGAAUUGGGGCUAGGGUUCAUGGGUUCUUGAGGGUGUGAAUUUAGUUUUUUUAUCAAUUAAUUUUCUGGAUAAUUGUAUAAGAUUAAUCAUAAUUGUCUAUAUGAAUUUGAUCACCUCAUAUAUGAAUUUCUGGAUUUAAUUCAAUUCUUGUCUAUGAGAAAUUGAGUUAAAUUAGCUCAGGUCUUAUACAAGCAAUCUGACCUUAGAAAUAAGUUAGGAUUGUGAAAUAUUGAUUUAAAUCUUGUCUAUGAGAAUUUAUUUCAUUUUCUUUCCAGGAAUAAUUGAAAGUUAAUUUACUUAAUUCUAAUCCCGAAAGAACACCCAGAACCCGAACCAUCCAAUUUGAACCCUGUUUUACUAUCUAGAAUCAAUUUAAUUUGUUUUUUCUUCCUCUACUUAUUUUUGCACUCGUUGUUAGUUAGUUUUUUUAUUUUAUUUUAUCACCCACAAAUAAUUAUUUGGAAAGAUUACCAUGACUUGUGCUAGCCUGUGAUCACGGAUUGUAUGUAAAAACUUCCUUUUUGCCACUCCUUGAGAGACGAUACUCGUGGUCUGGUUAUUCUUAGGAUUAACCAACUAAAAAAAUACACCGAUCAAAUGGCGCCGUUGCCGGGGAGUGGCACGGUUGUUUGUUAAGUACUUUCUGUGGAAUAGGUAAAAGCAAGCCGGUGAGACUUUCUAUUUUUUGUCUGUUAUUUGUUUGUUGUUUUUGGUAUUUUUUGCACGUGAACUAAGCUGCAGGAACCGGUGUAUGCACACACGUACUCGGGGAACUGAAGGCUUGAUCCCAUUGAAUCCAAACCCCGAGAGUAUUUUGAGAAGAAGAAAAGGAAGGUCAAGAAACAUGGCCGGAGAACAUCAGCCCGCAAGGAGGACAAUGUAUGAACAAAUUACUCCGCAAUUUGCAGAGGUUGAUGGAAUAACCAUGCCGGGCAUUGAAGCUGCAAAUUACCAACUAUCCCCCGGGUUAAUCAAUCUAGCCCAGAGUAACCAGUUCGGAGGGAUGAGACAUGAAGAUGCCCAGACACAUAUGCGUUGGUUCAACCGUCUCUGUCGGACUUCCCGAAUCAAUGGAGUUUCUGAAGCAGCUAACAAACUACUUUUGUUCCCAUUCACUCUAAGGGACAAGGCGCAACACUGGCUCGAUAGCCACACUUUUGCCACCUGGGAUGAAUUAUACCAAGCUUUCAUGAAACAGUACUGCCCAGCAUCCGCAGGAAUCAAAGCCAAGGCAGCCCUCCAGAACUUUAGGCAAGGGAGGAACGAGACAUUGAGUGAGGCAUGGGAGCGGUAUAAGGAGCUCCGAAUUAACUGUCCAUCCAACAUCAUGGAGAGCAUGGACACCAUAUUUCACUUCUACAAUGGGCUGUCCAUUGAGAGCAAAAAGGAGUUGGAUUACUCUUCUAAAACAGGUUCAAUCCUAAGGCUAACAUCAGGAGAAGGUGAAGAACUGAUAGAGACUAUUACCUCAAAUGAGUAGAGGUACUGGUAUGAUGAGCGAAGUGAAAGAGCGCCACAGAAGGCAGGAUUAUAUGAGGUUGAUUCUAGUACAGCUGCUGCCGCAAAACUGGAUGCUCUUGUCCUAAAAUUUGAGAAACUCUAUGAAGCUCAGGCGCAGAACCAAUACCAAGGUGGGCAGGGGAUGAACCAGAGGAGUGUUCGACCAAUGCCAAACCAGAAUCCAGUGAGAGACAUGGUGCUUUCGUGUGAUCAUUGUUUCGGAGCCCACCUGACCAAUUCAUGUCCUCAAUUCUUUGAAGAGCCCAUUUCACCUCAAGAAGUAAAUCUUAUGGAAUAUGCUAAGAAAGGAGAGGGUCCACUAGCACCUCAAUACCAAGGAAACCGAGGUAACUUUGCUGGCUACAACAACCAGAGGAAUAAUUUUCAGAGUGGUGCGAACCAGUGGAGAGAUAAUAAUCGCCAAGGAGGGUACCAACGAGGCCAAGGAAGUGGCAGCAACCAGCCUUAUGUGCCCCCACAUAUCAGACAACAAGAUAAUUCAGCUCAUUCCCAACUAGAUUUGGUGCUUGCAGAGCUGACACGGGCUAGAGAAGAAAAUGAAUUAAGAGAUAAAAGGGCAAGAGAGGAAAAGAUAUUGAUGGAGCAGCGGUUGAGGAACCUUGAGCUGCAACAUGAGCAACGAAUGCGGGAACUAGAGAACAGAUUCUUUGGAGGUCCUUCCGGGAGGCAGUCUGGAAGCCUUCCCAGCACUACAGAGCCAAACCCAAGAGAGCAUGUGAAUGCAAUAAAUCUGCGCAGCGGGAAGCAAGUUCCUGAACCAAUGGUGGAUGCGAAGGAGAGCCAAGCCAAGAAUGUUCCUAGCUGUCCAGGAAAGAGUGCAGAGCCAGUCAAUGUCCCAAAACCUAUUCAAAGACAAUCUGAAGAUGAACUAGAGUUCAAUUCUGAACAGCCAGGCCAGAGAGAGGGCAAGGCAAUCAUCGAGCCGAAUACACUUCAACAAGAGGCCAAGAGGGCUAAUGCACCAGUUGUUCCAUUCCCUGCUCGUGUCAAGAAGGGCGAGGACCGCAAGAGAGAAUACAAGUUUAUGGAGAUGAUUCGCAAACUACAUGUGGAUAUGCCACUCACAGAAGUACUUGCGGAGAUGCCUAAAUAUGCAAAGUUCCUGAAGGACUUAAUCACCAACAAAAAGAGGCUGGAGGAGUACUCUGUGGUUGACCUAAAUGCUGAGUGUUCAGCUGUGGUGACAAAAAUGAUGCCGGAAAAGCUCAAGGAUCCAGGUACGACAUGGAGAUCUUGGACUGCUGGUGGAAGAAGCGCAGCCCUAUGUAGAGGAGCCUCCCAAGGGCUGCCAGUUGGUGUACUUAACAGAAGGUCCAUGAGUGAUAUGAGAGCAAAGCAUUUACUUUUGAGGACUAGAGCGAUGAGACGUCCAAUAGCUAUUUUGGGUGUUUCGGUGGGACAAGAUUCAGGGACUAGAGCGCAGCCAGAACGCGAGCAAGUUCAGGGCAGCAGUCCACACUUCAAAUUAGGCCUCGGGUCACCACACUUCAGAGGACGAACUGUCCAGCUUUAUCCUUCUAGCAUUGAGACCUAAACUAGAGAAGAGUUUUUCUAGCUGGCAUGAACGAGCAAACUGAGAUCAAUACCAAAAGUGCAUCCAUGUCACCAGAAACUCAAUAUGUGCAGCCCUAGUAAAGCAGCCUUUACUAUGUUUACUCAGAAGUUGAGGGAUUUGAUGCACACCACCUGGACUUCCCAUCAUCAGAGUCAUAGAGCCCUCAAAUGCAAACGAGAUCCAAGAGCAAUCAAUCGCAGAGAUUCAAGGUUAUUCAAAGUUUUUCUGGAGGUUAUUCACUGCCGUUUGUCUUGUAUGGUAAUUUGCCAACUUUUACUACGCUGCUAAGAAUGUGUGUUUACUCUCAUAUUACUCCUUUGUUGAUUUGUGUUGAUUGUUAUUAUUCUGACUAUGAUGUGCUGUCGGGAUGAAAAUCAUUUUAUUCUUAACUUGCCCCUAUUAUUUCUGUUUUAAUCUUUUCUUUGACCUCGAGGGCGAUGUCACCCUUAAGUGUGGGGAGGUUUGGUUGUAGUUGGACAUGGCAUUUGGCGAUGAAGUUAUUCUAUCCAAAAACAUUUUGAGGUGCACGAGGAUUUUUCUGGUUUAGCAACGCAACAGAGGUAACUUGUUAAUCUUUAUUUUCUUUUGUAAUCUUCCAUCUCCUCCAUCUUUCUUGGAAAGAAUUAGUAAUGGUGUAAUCAUCGGAGUGGUGUGUAUAUUCUUGGGAAAUGUUGGCAUGUUGGAUGGUUUGAUUUGUGUUGAUUAAAUUCGGUUUUUACUCGUGAUUCACUAGUUCGCAUUAAUAAUUCCUUGACUGGCCAGGUGUUGAAAAUCCUUACUCCGUAAGGAGCUCUGCUUUCUAAGCAUAUCGGGAUAACUUCAUGCUAAGUAGGCAACUGAUUCUUGUAAUGGGGUUACACUUCGUGUGUCGAGAAUUUCAUCCCCGAAAUGGGGCUCUGCUCAUCUCGCGAAUCACCUUGUGUGAGAGUUGAGUACACAGUAAUGAGAUAAACUCCCAGGCCCUAGAGCUUGAAUCAGUCCUGCAAUCCAGAACCUGGUCAACUUUACAUAUUCAAAAAAAAAAAAAGAAUCACGAGUAUUCCGAGUUUUAUCACACAAUUCUUGGGUUUUUCUGGAAUGAUUGGUGGUUUGGAUUUCACACACCUGCACCGUUGGGACCAUCAUGCUUUUCUUUACAUUUUAGUCGGUUGGAGAGGGAUUUUACUUUUGAAAAUAUUGUUCAACAUGUGAAUCUUGGUUUCGUUGUUAAGAAAGAAAAGACCUUGUGCAGUCAUUUGUUUUGGGUGUGAAUGAUUUUUGAACCAGGUGUUACAUGUGAUUAUUUUGUUUUCCGUGGGUUUAAUGCACUGUUGCUUGGGGGCAAGCAACGCUCAAGUGUGGGGAGAUUUGAUAGGCUCGUUCCGUUCCUAUCUUUUCACCCAUAUUUGGGUGUUAAUUUUUUAAUUUUUAUAAUUAACCGAGUGACUAUUGGGGGUUUGAGUGAAAAUUUGCUAUUUUUCGGUCCCGGUGGCAGUCAUAUUGGAAAUAGUAUUUUUUCUACACAAUUUGACAUUUUUGGAGUAAUUUGAUUGUAAAGUUACAUGUUAUUAGCAGUUGUGGUGAGUUGUGAUUUAACAGGCCGAGUUUGCGGUGAAUAUGUUUGGACCGGAUCAUUUAAGGACUGUUUUUGAAGUUAAGUGCAAUCCAAAAUGAAAAAAGAGAGAGAAGCAGCCCAAACCAAGGGGGUUCAUCCAUUCGUUUCACUUCGGAAAUUAACCCCAGCGGCACUAGUUUUUUUCUUCCCCUUCCUGCUCACCUUGCCGUAGAUCAAUUCUGUUCAUUCGAAGCACACCAGAUUAGCUGCACCAGGUUUUCUUCUCUGUUCAUUUUAGUUACAAGCAGCCGCAGGGAAGGAAUUCUUUCUGUUUGUUUCUGAACCAAUCGCAGCAAGCAGAAGUUAGAGACCAAGAAGCAACUUUUCUUCCUUUUCUUUGACAAUCAGCCGCAGCAGAAAGCAAGAGACCAGGAAUGCCUAAACGUCAUUUUCCCUCAAUUCUUUCAAUUCAAUUUACAUUCUAAGUAAUGAUUGUAAGUUCCUGCAUAUUUUACAUUACUUGUUUUCUGUUUUGGAUUUAAUUUUGAAUUGGUAGUCUCCAUCUAGUAAUUUCAGUUUUUUUUUUACUAUUAAAUACUCGUAAACCAGUUUUUUGUUUCUAGCUCC